AUGCUAAUUCUGAUUUUUACAUUUUCUCUUGUCUCCUUUUUUAUCCCCGCGAAUAAUACCUUGUACGUUGAAUCUGCGCAGGCAAUAGACCACGAGUGUAAAGCACGCGCGGCAAAACACAGAGAAAGCAAGGGAAGGAAAACGCAUAGCGACAUGCCCCCACACAGGAAGCAUCCAGCGCGCGGACGCUCGCCACGAAAUAAAAGAUAUAACGGUGAAGGUAAGCCGGCAACCAAGCGUGGUCGAAGUUGGAGCAAGCAACCGUCGGGCCCUCUGACCACUAACUGCGAUGGCGAGGCAUCAUCAUACACGACAGCGGGCACACCACCGGUAGCGAGCGAUCAUAAAUUUUGCGAGAAAACCAGGAGUACGAAACCAUCGCUGGAGGUUACUCGCACACACAUUGCUCCCAACACCACUACUGCUGCUGAGGUUAUCCCAAAUGCAAGCGUUACCUCCGCAGUCGGAAGUGCGGGAGGCACUGAAACGGCAGCCACCCCGACAGCGAAGGGUGCCGACAAUCUGAGCGAUACCGAUAUGGAGAAGUACAAUGAUCUACAGCGGCUUCUACGGCGAAUUAUUGCUCUGGAAUUUAGUGAAAGGUGUACGCAGCGCUCCAUCACUGUCGUCACCAUGAUAUGCGAAACGCUCUGCACGGACCCUGUAGCCAUUGUAAAGGUGAUGGAGGUGGUGGACCAAUGUUUCGGUGAAGCAGUGCGAAGUCAGGAGCCGAGACUGCUCAUGCAUUAUUGGUACAUACUGGAUGCCAUCCUGAAACACUUCAAUGGAAAGCCUCAUUUGUUGAAAGCGGUGCUGGUGGCUAUUCCACACUUUGUCCGACAAUACCUGCCGUGGCGUGGUAGCAACCUGGCAGGUCAGCCGUGGAGCGAGUAUGAUAAGUACAGACCCGCAUAUGAAGACAUGCUUGGCACAUGGAAGGUUGUACUGGAGGAGCGGGCGCUGGAAGAAAUUAUGAAACUGUGGAGGGAGGGUAUGGGAAACCACUACGCAGAUAAAGUGGGCAAUGUAGGGGCAAGGGUCCCGCUAGGCAACGCGACUGCUGAUUCACAGAAUUCUGAUGCUGCCCACUAG